AUGCGCAUCCCCAUCCGAGAGCAGCUCGCCGGCCUGAUCCUGCUGGCCGCUGCCAUCGGUCUGGCUGUUAUUUCCAUAGCGACAUGGUAUACCAGCCACAAUUUCAUUCUCGAGAUUCGAACCACCAGACUUUCUCUAACCGCAUCGCUCAAAGCAGCCCAGAUUGCUUCCAACUUGGCCCUCAUUCAGAACGGCGUUCAGCUCGUCUCUAGUCGCAUUGUCAUGCAAAAUGCCCUGAGAAGAUACAACCUGCAAAAUAACAACACUGCUGCGAACUGGGCCUCCGCUCAAACCGACUUCGAUGCUGCCGUCGCUGGUCCUGCCUCGGGAGCUGUUGGCCAGGCCCUCAUGCUGCAAGGAAAAAUCUUUCCACGCGAUGCAGACGGCCCCAAUGGCUACGCCUCUGUCCUCAACGCUACUGCCGAAGACAUCGAGACCAUCCUCCUGCCUUACAAAGCACCAAACGGAAGCGACGUUUACUUGAGCGACACAGACUACGGCUAUCCUCCCGAGCUCUAUCCCAACCUGACCUACUUCUCCGUUCCCGUCAACAGCACAUACAGCGAGUCUCGCGCCAUAUACAAUGGAGAUGUGCUGCGAUCGCCAAACUCGACCCUGCUUCUAGGCCCCUACCACAUCAACGACACUUUCAGUCUGCUGUCUCUCACAAUGCCUGUCAUUAACAACACCUCCGCCAUUGACGUUUUGGGUUGGUUGACCGUCGUAUGCGAUGCUAAACUCAUUGGAAAUGUGAUAUCCUCAGCCGAAGGUCUCGGUUCCACCGGUCUCACGUUAAUUGUUGGUCCUACAAACACUACAAAUCACUUCCCAAGUGGUUUAAUCUACGAUUCAGCUGGAGCUGGCACCGUAGAUCCGGCCGACGUUGAAGGUCGCUUCGUCUGGUCUCUACCUUCACAGCAUUCGGACCGCCAUCCUGGAUUCUCUGGAACAGUCAACCCUCCUCCUUUCCGUUUGACAAGGUAUCCCGCAGUCGCCACCGCUCUCACUCAGAAUCAACACUCGAUCGGCAAUGCCGGGGGUGAUAUCAGCACCCACGACGAAGCCGGAAAAGGAGUAUCCGUAGGUUUCGCUAUUCCGGACACACAAAUGGUCGAUUGGGUUGUGAUAGUCGAACAAGACAAGCGAGAAGUCUGGCAGCCUAUCCGUCACCUGCGCAAAGUCCUUUUAACCUGCAUUUUCUCCGUUCUUGGCGGUGUCAUACUCUUCGCUUGGCCCCUAGCCCACUUUGCGAGCGCUCCCAUCCGUAGACUUAGGGAGGCUACGCGCAGGUCGGUUUUGCCAAUGGGUUACUCGGAAAGCAACUACAGUCGCGACUCUCACGACAUGUUCAACAACGUUGAUGGAAACGGGAGCAACGACGAACACACUGACGCAGUACUAGCUCGCAAGGAGGGUUUCUUUGCUACCGUGAGCAGCUGGAACACGAAAAACAAGCUAUCCAAGCAGGAACGUAAAGACGAAAAAAGAAGGCGUCAGUUCCACAUCCCCGGCAAGGUCAAGGAACGUAAGACUUGCGUCCAAGACGAGUUGACCGAUCUUACUCGGACGUUCAACGAGAUGUCGGAUGAGCUUAUGAUGCAAUACGAACGCUUGGAAGAAAGAGUGAAGCAACGCACCGCAGAACUCGAACUCAGCAAGAAGGCAGCCGAGGCUGCCAACGAGAGCAAAACACUCUUCAUUGCCAACAUCUCGCACGAGCUCAAAACUCCGCUCAAUGGUAUUCUUGGCAUGUGUGCUGUUUGCAUGCAAGAGGAAGACCCAACAAAGCUGAAGAGGUCUCUCGGUAUCAUUUACAAGAGUGGUGAUCUCCUUCUUAAUCUUCUCACCGAUCUACUCACCUUCAGCAAGAAUCAGGUUGGUCAACAACUUAGCCUCGAUUCCAAGGAGUUCCGACUGCGCGAAGUCAGCUCUCAGGUCCUGGCUAUCUUCGAAAAACAGGCCAGGGAAGGACAGAUUACUCUGCGCGUUGAUUUCCAAGGUGCAGAAGCAACCAACGGUAUAAUUUUCGCUUCCGACGAGGAACGUACUCAGUUUGGGCCUGCUGGUACGGGACGUGUGAAGGACAUGAUUUUAUGGGGCGAUGUUCACCGUAUCCUACAGGUGGUCAUCAACCUUGUUUCAAACAGCUUGAAAUUCACCCCUGCUGGUGGAUCUGUUGUCCUUACCGUUCGCUGCACUGGCGAAGCCGCAGAGGUUAACAGUCGUAAGACGUCUCUUCAGUCUAGGAGCUCUAAGCCGAUCUCCAGUAGGCACAAGAACUCUGAUGCGUCAAUCGCUGGACCGUUCGGGGCUAGGACCUCCGCAACUGCCAACGAAAUCAACCCGUAUCGCGAGAGAUCUGAUGCCUACGCCCACAUUCUUGCUUCUGAACGACCAGCAUCCCCACCUCCAGGACGUACUCUUCUAUUCGAAUUCGAAGUAACGGAUACUGGACCGGGUAUCGCGGAGCACCUCCAGCAACGUAUUUUUGAACCAUUCGUACAAGGCGAUCUCGCACUCAGCAAGAAGUUCGGAGGUACAGGUCUUGGCUUGAGUAUUUGUUCACAGCUCGCCACCCUCAUGAAAGGUACAAUCGAGUUGGACAGCGAGCUGGGACGUGGCAGCACAUUCACCAUGCGGAUACCGCUCCGCCACGUGGUGACACGAUCUGACAGCACCGCAAGUUCAGUCGUUGGUAAUAACAGCAACGACGUUGGAUUUGAAGGGACCCGAUCACCACAACGUGUCAGCCAACUUAUCACCGACGAUGCGCAAUCGCACCGAUCAGGUCAUUCGCACGUUAGCAGCGGCCAAUCACCGACCAUUGCUCAGGCACAAAUUCAGGCACCUGUUGCACAAAACCAACCGCGAGAUGCGCAGCCUCGCUUAGUUGGUCUCAGCCAACCAUAUUUCUCAUCUAAUCAAGCCAUGGAAUCACCAGGAUCUCAAGCAGCAGCCAUGGAAAAAAUCACGAACGACGCCACGGGCACUAGCAAGAUCAGGGUGCUCGUCGCUGAGGAUAACGCUGUGAAUCGCGAGGUGGUGCUUCGAAUGCUCAAACUGGAGGACAUUUACGACGUGACGGUAGCGAAAGACGGACAGGAAGCUUUGGACUUCGUCAAGGAAACCAUGAACGCUGGCAGACCAGCUUACAACCUGAUUUUCAUGGAUGUCCAAAUGCCCAAUCUAGACGGUAUCCAGUCAACAAAACUCAUUCGUGAGAUGGGUUAUGACGCUCCGAUUGUUGCUCUCACUGCUUUCGCAGAAGAGAGUAAUGUCAAGGACUGUCUCGAUUCAGGCAUGAAUUACUUCCUUAGCAAACCCAUCAGACGACCAGCACUCAAGAAGGUGCUCAAGGAGUACUGUCCUCCAAUUAUUGAGGUUGACGAGGAGGUCAGCCCCAUGGCGGAAAAGCCUCAACCUAAACCAAUGUCGAAGCCUGCACCACCGCAGAUUCAGGAGCCUCUAACGAGGACUCAAUCACCUCCGCCGAGACCUAUGUCACCAGCCAUAUCGGUACACUCCAUUGGCAACACCAAAAACAGGACCACUAUCGUGAACCAAAACUCGAGGCCCAACUCUCUGGAUCUUCCCGCACAACGUUUCUCCGGCGAGAACUAG